AUGGAGAAAUUCGAGAUCCCACUACCCAAUGGCGGUAUUAUCUCCGGUCGAUUGAACUUCCCUACUACCCCUCGAAUUCCCGCCAAUUGGCCGCUUAUCAUAUGCAUCCCUGGUGGCAGUUACGAUGCCGAAUACUUCGAUGUGGACGAAGAUUACUCCAUAAACAGCACAUCAUCAUGGGCAGGAAUACCCACCAUCGCGUUGACGAGGCCUGGUUACGGUUCCAGCACCUCAGCGCCAAUAGAUGACCCCGAUCAAGACACGACUUACGGCCAAGUCCAGGGCAAAUACCUGAACUCUACAAUUCUACCGGCUAUAUGGCAGGAGUUUGGCAAGCACACGGGGGCAACAGCCAUAGUACUCUUGUCUCACUCAAUCGGAGCGAUGAUCAGUACCAUCGUAGCGGGGUCAUAUACGGGACGUGAAGGCUAUCCACUGGCAGGCCUCAUCACAUCAGGAAUAGGCACUGAACUAGCUGAGGGACCACGAGGAGUCAUGCUUCACCUUCUAGAGGAGACAACAGGAUCGGUCCAGUUCGAAACGACCCCAAAGGAUGCUAUCAUGCUCCAAGUCCCGAUGCAAAAUCUCACCGAUCAAAAAUUGUGCCGCCACACCAAACGCCUCAACCACCCUGUCCCGCCGGGCGAAUUGCAUGACAUCAAUACAUCGUGGUUAGGCUAUUGGCACAACUACUCUCAUCGUGUCGCUGUUCCAGUAAUGCAUGGACUUUCUGAAUUUGAUGGUCUUUGGAAUUAUUCGCCCAAGAUUUUGGAAGAGUACAAGGCCUCCUUCCCAACGAGCCCGAAAGUUACGAGCGAGUUAAUACCCCAGGCUCCGCAUUGCAUCGAGUUGAGUUUCCAGAGCAAGGCUUGGUAUAUGAAAUGUUGCGCUUUUGCCUUGGAAUCCGCUCAUUGGUAUGGUCUCCGACCCGGGUCUACACCGUUGUCUAUUAGGCCAGGGACUGGGAAACAGGGUACAGAAGCCACUCCGGGUCAUAAUGGCAUUACCACACUAGUUUACACUACGACACGCUAUGAGGAAGGAGGAUUAUGA